AUGGCUAAUCUCACCAUGAGUGGCUUUUUUCUCAUGGGGUUUUCCACCAAGCCUGAACUAGAAAUCUUAUUUGCUUCUCUGUUCCUCGUCUUCUACCUGUUGGCUUUAAUGGGUAAUAUCCUCAUUAUCAUCGCAACUUUCAUGGACGAAAGUCUCAACUCUCCCAUGUAUUUUUUCCUGAAACAUCUCUCCUUUUUGGAUUUAUGUUACAUAUCUGUGACUGUCCCAAGAUUCAUCAUCAACUCUUUCAUGCAUAACGGAACUAUUUCCUUCUUGGAAUGCAUAUUGCAGUGCUUUGCAUUCACUCUCUGUUGCUCUGCUGAGGUGUUUAUGCUCACCGUGAUGUCCUAUGACCGCUACGUGGCCAUCUGCUUUCCAUUGCGCUAUGACAUCAUCAUGGACCUCAGAACCUGUGUCCACGGGAUCAUAGGAGUCUGGGUCAGUGGGGCCAUCUCUGGAGUCAUGCACACAGCAGCGACUUUCUCCAUCCAUUUCUGUGCCCCCCAUAUCAUCCACCAGUUCUUCUGUGACAUCCCCCAGAUUAUGAAACUCUCCUGUUCCAAUGAAUAUAUGAGAGAGGUAAAUGUCACUAUCUUCUUGGCUUCAGUGGCAUUUCUUUGUGUCAUUUUUAUUGGAUUCUCCUACGUGAAUAUAUUUUCUUCUGUGCUGAGGAUGCCAUCUGCAGAGGGCAGAGCUAAAGCCUUUUCCACUUGUCUCCCCCACCUUGUUGUUGUCGUACUAUUUAUGUGUACUAGUGUCUUUGAGUUUUUAAAACCUCAGUCAGAUAUUCCGACUGCUUCGGAUAUUUUGCUCACUAUUCUUUACACAGUCAUUCCCCCAACAUUUAAUCCAAUGAUUUAUAGUCUGAGAAAUAAAGCAAUAAAAUUAGCUGUAAGAAAGGUUUUUAAAACAAGUAAAACACUCCUUUCUUGA